GGUGAAGAGAGGAACAGGAGGAGGGAGGAGAAGGCGGCGCUUAGCCGGCUCUAGAGGAGGGUCUAUCCGCGUUUGUCGACGUCCAAAGUGCGCCGGAGAUCAGUUCAGUUUCGGUUCGGUCGAACCACUCGAGUUCGGAUCCCCGGAGAGUCGACGUAACAGAGUGGGUUUAGUUCUUGGCGCUUCACCUGGCAGAUCGACUGCAGCUCUGCGCUUUGCGCUGCAGAACUUCUCGCGGCAGAGUCGGGUCCCGGAGCGUCCUCGAGAUCCUGCAGAUCCCGGCUUCUGUCCUUCUGGUCCCGGUUCUUGGAGGUCCUGUAGAUCCGGGAGAUCCUGGUUGCCUCCUAUCCUGCAAGAACCUCCACGUCUCCUCGGAGUGCCGAGCUCACGGGAACAGUACGGUCUUCCCCGUCUCCAACGGCCGUUCAGAGAUGAUCAGAACCGGGUUCAAGACAAACUUCCAAGCUCCAGAUUAACACCCCCAGAACUCGUAAUUUUAUUGUUUUUUUUAUUUUGAAUAUUUAAGUAAUUAUUUUAAACUUUCCUGGGUCUUGGACUUGGGCUGCUCGAACUCAUGGCGUUUUUGAUGAAAAAGAAGAAGUUCAGGUUCCAGAUCUCCUUCAUGCUGGAGGAGCUGACAGCCGUUCCCUUCGUCAACGGGGUCCUCUUCUGUAAAAUCAGACUGUUGGACGGGGGAGACUUCGCUUGCGCAUCCUCCAGGGAAGAGGUGCAGGAGAACUGCGUUCGCUGGAAGAAGAAGUUCUCCUUUGUCUGCAAGAUGAGUGCCAGCUCCACAACAGGGGUGCUGGACCCCUGCAUCUGCCGUGUGUCCAUCCGCAAGGAACUCAAAGGUGGAAAGACUUUCUCAAAGCUGGGUUUUGCUGAUCUCAACCUGGCUGAAUUUGCUGGUUCGGGCUCUACGGUCCGCUGCUGUCUGCUGGAAGGUUAUGACACCAAGAACACCCGACAGGACAACUCCAUACUAAAGGUAACGAUUGGCAUGACGCUUUUGUCUGGAGACCCUUGUUUUAAAAGACCCCCCAGCACUGCUAAGUCCAUCUCAGUCCCGGGUCAGGACCACUCCUUGCAGCUGGACUGCAAGGGCGAAGGAACUGGCUCCCCUUCCACUUCGUCUGGAGGCAUCACCAUGGGACGUCCCCCUAAACCCAGACUUCCAGCACUCAGUUCUGGUCUGCUAGAGGAGUCGGAUCAGAACCUGUCCAGUCCGGAUGAGGUCUUCCGCUCGGGUCACUCCCGUAACUCCAGCUAUACCAGUCAGCAUAGCAAGAACUCAGGCUGCAGCGCAGAGCACUCAUUCUCCUCCAGCCUGACGGACCUCACACACCGCCGUAACACCUCCACCAGCAGCAGUGCCUCCGGGAGUCCUGCUGAGCCAGAGAAGGACCCCGUCCGUACUGAUAGGCCACCCCGACCCCCACGCCCCCCCCUCCCCUCCAACAGAUCCUCCAGGAGGAAGAAGGACUCCGAGGAGAAUCACCCCACUUGGGUGGAUGAUACCCGGAUCGACGCUGACGACAUCGUGGAGAAGAUUGUGCAGAGCCAGAACUUUGCUGACGUCAGCAACAACGAAGACAGCAACCUGAGACUGUUCAUCAGCCGAGACGGCACCACGGCACUCGGCGGGAUCCAGCUGGGCAACCGGGUAUCCGCUGGUGUCUUCGAACCUGUUGUCAUCGAGAGCCAUUAGAUGCCUGACGCUUCUGGCGUGUGUUGAAAACCUCUUUCCCACAUUCCAGUCCCUACCUGUGAGAGUCUGGGGUGGAGUUACCCUUGGGUUGCCGUGGAAACGGCAGCUUUCUGUAGACACCCCAUUUCUGCUGUAAACUGUGUGUGAAUGUGCAUUGCAUGUGUGUGUUUUGAAUUGGGUGACUGUGUGUGAAAAUGCAAAGCACUUCAAUGGACACCAACAUGCCACAGUAACAUUACACGCAUGACAGCCACUAGAGACAGGUAUUUCUUUUGACAUUUUAAUCAACUUAAGUGCACAUGUGUAAAAAUCUAAUUAGCAUCCCAGUGGUGUAUCAUGGGAGUUGCAGUCCAACACUGAAAUUGGAGGACUUCAAGAAUCCCACAGUACUUCAUUACAUUCCUUGUGGCCACCAGAGUCAUGUAGUAGACAAAGGGGUCAACUGUACUACCAGGCCUUGAAAGAGAGCUUAUCUUUUGAAGUUGGUACCCACUGAUGUGUGAUUGUAUCCUGCAUUGACAAGUCUUGAGUUGCUAAGAGAUGGGGUCUGACACUUUGGCAAAUAAGUUAACUGAAGUGGGAAAAGUGGGAAGCCCUUGAAACUUUUAAAGUCAAGUAGCUCUCAAGCAGCCCACAAUAUCCAUUUGACAGGCAGUUAAACACCAGUAUCUGUGUUUGGCCAAUAGUUGACCAACAAUGACUGUUUGGCCAGCAGUUGAUUAGCAAUGUCUUGUGUUUAACCAAAAUUUGGCCAACAAUGUAUGUGUUUGACCAACAGUCUGCCAAUAAUGUCUGGGUUUCACCAACAGCUGACCAGCUAUGUCAGGCUUUUGUUAGCAAUUUCUGAGUGUUUAGUGGUGCUAUCAGAAGCUGUUUCUUGACUCCUUGCCCUUCAUCCUUCAGGGAAACAGAAACAUACAGGUAACCUCUGUCCUAUUUUUUAUUAGACCAAUUAAUUGAAUUCCAGUACAAACACACGCGCAGCUGAAUCGGUCGUCAUUCUAGCUGUCUAACAGACACGUUUUCAUGAUGGAUGGAGACCUUGAGUUUUUCUUUAAUUCUGCUUUCUGUUCAUAAGCUACCUCUCUGGUUGGGGGGUUUGCAGUGAAUUGCAG